CCUUUAACGAACAAAAGGAGCUAGGCCUACCGAAAUUUCCAGUAAUUCAAAGCAGAACUGGAAGCGUGUUGGUUUACAUACAGCAGUGAUUCUCGCAUUUUAUAAAAUCUAGAUCUAAUUAGAAAUAUUUACAACCGGUUUUUAAUUCCAUGCAAAGUAUGGCAUCUACAGAACCCGAAACCAUGGAAACUGAAGCAAUUGCUGAAAAUACCAAUAAUCACAGCUCUGGACCUGGUGUGGAUCUCACAGAGAAACAGGACGGCGGUGUACUAAAAGAAAUUUUGAGAGAAGGCGAAGGAGAAGACAGACCAUCGAAAGGCGACAAAGUUAAAGUUCAUUAUGUUGGCACUCUACUGGACGGAACUCCAUUUGAUUCAAGCAGAGAGAGGGGCGAACAUUUCACUUUUAAUUUAGGGAAAGGUCAAGUAAUUAAAGCAUGGGAUCUUGGCAUAGCAUCCAUGAGAAAAGGAGAGUUGGCAAAGUUUACAUGCCGAGCAGACUACGCUUAUGGGGAGUCUGGUUCCCCACCUAAAAUUCCUCCAAAUGCUACACUUGUUUUUGAAGUUGAAUUGUUCUCCUGGGAAAUUCCAUGUGAUGAUUUAUCUCCAAACAAAGAUAAAGGAAUUUUACGUUAUGUGUUACAUGCUUCAGAUACCUAUAAAACUACAACACCAGCUGACUUUGCUAGUGUAACAAUCAAAUAUUCUGCAAAGAUCGACCAGCAAGUUAUUAUAGAGGACACUACAACCACUUUUACCCUAGGAGAAGUAGAGGAUCCAAAAAUAGUUAUUGGUUUAGAAACAGCUAUUAAGAAAAUGAAGAGUCAGGAAAGAUCAAGGAUAGUUCUCUCUCCAUUUUAUGCUUUUGGUAAAGAUGGAAAUCAGGAGCUGAAUGUACCGCCAAAUGCUACAGUCACUUAUGAAGUGGAGUUGAUUUCAUUUGAAAAGGCUAAAAAGGUGUAUGAAAUGGAAACUCCAGAAAAACUAGAACAAGCAGAAAUCAGAAAGGCUAAAGGAACAGAAUUUUUCAAGAAAGGGUUGACAGAAAAAGCAGUCACAAACUAUGCAACAAUUCUUGAAUACCUCGACAGUGAAACCUCAUUAGAAGGGGGAGAAAAAGACAAGAGAGAUGCGCUUGUUUUGGCAGCACAUCUGAAUUUAGCAGCUUGUGAAUUGCGUCUAGGCAAUGAUGCUAAAGUUAUUGAGCAUUGUAAUGGGGCUCUUGAACUGAACAAGGAUAACUCAAAAGCUUACUUCAGAAGAGCACAGGCUCACCAGAAUCGAAAAGACUAUGAUGAAGCUGUGAAAGAUUAUAACCAAGUUGUAGCACUGGAGCCUGACAACAAAGCUGCAAAGAAUCAGAUAAUUGUAUGUAAGAAGAAGUUGCAGGAAGAGCAUCAGCAGGAGAAGAAGCUCUAUGCAAACAUGUUCAGCAAGAUGACCCAGCAGACUGCCAAGAGAAAUGAUUACUCCGCAGACAGUGUGUUUAAAGAUGGCAUUGGGGACUGGAACAAUGACAUGGCAGCAGGCAUGAUGCCAUUAGAUCAGGAAGUGGCAGCAUUUGGUGAGGUCAUGCCAUUAGGCUCUGACAACAACAAUGGCAAUAAUCACGGACACUAGGAGUUCUUAUACGGGGGGAGGGGGGUGGCUGUCCAUUGUUAAGUACACACUGACUUGUAAUUUUUUUUUAAUGGGCUAAAGGAUAGUGGUAUUGAUAUUGCUUGCUUGGUGCAAAUGACUUGUUGAUUUGCAGUUUAGGGUUGAUAGGAUCAUAAUCCUGCACAAGUUAAUAGAUCUGUUAAGCUUGCGAUGUCUAGAUGUUAUUUUAAUAGUCAUUCCUUAUGAAGCCUUUUUAUUUUACACAAAAAAAACUGCCAGUUUUUGUUUUCUAGAAAUUAUUUUGGUUGAGCUUGUUAUAUACUUUUCAGUGAUACAUUUUAUCAUUUGAUUAGUUAAUCCUUGUAAAACAUUUUGUUGUUUCCAUUGCCAUCCAUUUAUCCUUGAUUUACUCUCGAAGAGUACAAUCUUCCUACCCAUAUUUGCCAUCAGUUUUCCUAAAUUUUUUUACAUGGUACAUGUUGUAUGUCACUAAUGAAAUUGUUUGCUUCAUAAAUAAAAUUACUGAAUUCUU